AUGGAUCAUCUAAAGCAAAAACGAGGAGUUCUACGUACAGCAGUGACGAAGCUUAUCAAUGAAAUCGACGUGUUACUGGGAGCACCUACUACAACGACGGGUGAGCUUUGCACAAAACUUGAUCUUUUGAAGUUAAAAGAAGAGACUCUAAAGUCUUUAGACAACUCUAUCGAGGCUCUUGUGGUGGAUGAAGACUUCGCUGAUGAGAUUCAGACAGUCUUUUCUUACGAAGAAAAAAUAUGUGUAACGAAAUCAAAAAUUUGUCAGAAACUGAAUGCGCAUGAGAGACCACCUGAAGUACAACCGGAGUCCACAACAGGCACGCAACAAACACGGGCAAGAAACCCCACUGAUACCAGGGUGAAACUACCAAAGUUAGAAGUGCCGAAGUUCAACGGAGAACUUACGCUUUGGACGACGUUUUGGGAUCAGUUCGAAUCCAGUAUUCAUACAAACGAAACUUUGCACAAAGUUGACAAGUUCAAGUACCUUAAGAGCUACUUGACUGGCAAAGCAGCUACCGCUAUUAGCGGGCUGCCACUUACCAACGAGAACUACGAUGCUGCGAUAGACAUUUUGAAACAACGUUUCAUCCAGAAGCAACUUAUUGUCGACCAACAUCUAGACCGCUUGUUGAAUCUGCCAAAGGUUAACGAUGCACAGAAUUCCGUACGACUUCGGGAACUAUAUGAUGAGAUCCAAGUAAGGAUACGAAGUCUACGGGCUCUUGAUGUCGACCCGAAAGAUUACGGAGUCAUGCUGAUGACUGUGUUGCGCAAGGUCAUACCAAAAGAGGUGACUUUAGGCUACAAUCGCAAGUACGCGGGAGCUACCCCCGAAGGCAAAGAAGAAAUUGAGAAUUUUCUAGACUUUCUCAAAGUCGAAGUGGAAAGUCGAGAGAAGGACAUGUCGUCAAUCGACAAGCGCAUGGAAGGCGGGCGUCAUAGCACGGAACGAAGGGACACAAGGCGACCUUUCGAGCGGCAAACCACCGGAGCCUUGGCGACUGGAGUGACAGUUCGACAGACAGACUGUGUUUUAUGCAAAGCAACUGACCAUACUCUAGAAAACUGCAACGGCAACCUCGAGGUUGAAGACAAGAAAGCUUUACUUUCGCGAGAAGGUCGCUGCUUCAAGUGCGGAAAGCGGUAUCACCGAUCAAGAGACUGCAGAACCGCUCCUCGUCUAAAAUGUUCACACUGCGGUGGGCAUCAUCUCACGGUACUAUGUGAGCAGCCCUUGAAGAGACAAGGCAAUGAAGAACCCAGGAAUUCUCGUUUGGGUGUGUUGUCAUCUACCAUGUCUGAGUCCUAA